AUGCAAUUCAAGUCUCUCCUCGUUGCGGCUUUGGCUGCUGUCGUUUCCGUUGGUCAGAACCCCAUGGCUGGUAUGACUGGUCAGCCUGCCAUCAAGUACUACCCGGACAACAUCAAGGCUGCUCCCGGUUCCAUGGUCCAAUUCCAGUUCUGGGCUGGCAAUCACACCGUCACACAGUCUGACUUCGACCACCCUUGCACGCCAAUUUCCCAGGUCAACAGUUCUGUUCCUGGCAUCUGGUCCAGCUUCAUGCCCGUUGCUGCCGGCGCUUCCAAGAAGGAGAUUCCCGUUUUCACCAUCCAGAUCAACGACACCAAGCCCAUCUGGAUUUUCUGCAGUCAGGGCAAGCACUGCUCAUCUGGCAUGUCCAUGGUAAUCAACGAGAACACUUCUGCCAACUCCACUCGUUCUCUUGCCAACUACAGGACUGCUGCUUCUACUGCUCAGGGUGGCUCUUCUGGCUCCGGCUCCGGCUCCGGCUCUGCUCCUGGCUACGGUUCAGGCUCUGGCUCAAGCUCUGGUUCCAGCCCCAGCCCCAGCUCUCCUGCUGGAUCUGACGGCAGCUCUGGCUCUACUCCCACUGAUGGCUCUUCUGGAGCUGCCCCUACCGAUGCCCUCACUCCUCCCCCCUCAGUCACCAGCGGCGCUUCUUCACCCGCUGGUACUGGCGCUCUC